UAGAAUAUGGAAAAACCACUAAUAUUUUGUAUAUAUGUAGGUAUAGCCGUGAACAUUUAACCAAAGUAUUGUAAACAGUGUGUGCACUGAAGCUAGACUACCCGACGUCUGUGUAUUCGACUUAAGCAAAGGAUCUUACUGAUUGUAGGAACAACUGAGACAGAAGGAACAAAACCACACUUUUCCCCACCAAUUUGGAGGACAAUCAACAGCUGGCUAAUUAAUUUGUGAAUCUAACGUACACUCAAUGGACGUUCCUGUAAACGGUGAUUUAGCCGAUGAGGUGGUAGGUUUACAAAGGAGAACAGGACUUUCUACGGCUAUAGAGGUCCCGUUUCAAUGUACGGUAUGUCGGGAAGUGCCGAGUGCAUUCAAAAUGGUGGAUAUGCACAUACAACAUUACGCUAAAUCUUUGCCAUACGGAGACAACAUAUGCACGUGUAUUGAGAAGCUGAACGAAACUUGCUAUGAGCAUAUUCUAAUGGAUCGGCUUGCGGAAUUAAGACAGAAAUUGAUAGAUGUGAAUACUGUUUAUAAUCAGCAUCUACAAUACCAUCCGAAAGAUAGAGAUACCCGAACACAGAGACAUGGUGUGGUAUUUAACAACGCGGAAUUAGAUUCAAAUUACUCGACACAAGAAAGCCAGACACGCGAUGCUAGACCGGUAAAUGUCCAACGAUGUUAUUGUUAUUUGGUUAAAACUAUGGAGCGGCAAAUCAACACAUACAUCCAGCAGUUAGAGGACCUCAAGUCCUUGCUGGAACUAAAAGAGGGCGGCACCACAUUAAACUGCUGCAUCAUCCAGAGCGAAUUUGCGAAAACCGGGGAGGUGAAAGCGCUGUUCGAAGCAAAUAUUCGCUGGUGUCAGGAGAUCGAAACCAGCCUACCCGAACAUUUAAAACUACACAAGUCAGCACGCGACAGUGGUAUCGAUGACUCACCCACAAGCUCAGCUCGUGCCAGUGGUUUUGAAGUGUCAUCAACAAGCGCAGGUCGUGAUAGUGGUAUUGACGUCACAUCCACGGACCCAGCUCUUUCCACCGUAGAUCCAGGGAGCCAGCCACACUGACCAGCCACGCCUACCAGCCACACUGACCAGCCACACUGACCAGCCACAUUGACCAACCACACCGACCAGCCACACUGACCAGCCACACCGACCAGCCACGC